AUGGAGGCCAGAGGCGCUCCGGACCCUCACGGCAGGGAGGAGAUCGGCAUCAACGGGUGGCUGAUUGGGUUCUCGACCAUAUUCUACGCGGUCAGACUUUUCGUCCGCGUAGCGAUCACGAAAUCCCCCGGCCUCGACGACGCGCUCGCGGGUGUUGCCUAUGUAAGCCCUGCUCUGCUGUCUUGCUGGCGACUACCGGUUGGGCGGCUUCGGGGAACGUCUGCUGAUUGGUGGGGGUUAGAUGCUGCUUGUUGUGCAGUCUGGGAUGGAUAUUAAUGUCGUUGACGGUUCAGACGCUGGUCUACUUUUGGACGGUAGCUAUAGUGAGGUUUGCAAUUCUUGCUUUCUUGCCUCGAAUUAUCCAAGAUAGGAAUAUUAGCAUAAUCUCAUGGGUUGUUGCGUUAGUAAUUCUCGUUCAAACAGUGGGCUGUUUUUUAUACAGACUUCUCGAGUGUAGUCCAAUUUCGGAUAUCCUCAAGUCUCCGACGACGAAAGGACUUAAUUGUGUCGAUCCCAAUAUCCAUAAUAGCAUGAUGGUAGCACACGGCAUAGUAGGCGUUGUUAUAGACGUAAUUCUGCUUAUAUUACCUAUCUGGAUGAUAUGUGCCAACAUGUUGUGGUCCAAGAAGAUGAUUCCGAUUAUACUGGUUUUUAGUGUCGGACUGUCCGCGGUAGUUAUAGGGGCUGGGCGUGUGGUCAUAAUAUCGAAGCUGGACUUCACUAAAGCUACGAAUUUGGACAAACCUCGAGAGCCAUAUCGGCCUAUGGUGCGGCUGCUUCCCUGCUGUACAAGUAAUCUUGCGAAUUGGGCGUUUUACGUCUUCCAGAUUUAAUGUGGCCAGUACGGCAAGCAUCAACGGUAACCAGAAUGGAAACGUAACUAGGAGUAAUGGAGUGAAUAAAGUCUAUGGAAGAGAGGGGGAGAGUCGUACCGCGAUGGACAGUGAAAGCCAAUAUGCGAUCGUAUUAUUAGAAAUGGAAAAGAAUAAGAUGCCAAUAAAAGAUGGGGAUGCAUCUAUUGUAUGAUAUAUCUUUUGGUGUGUUGGGACGUGAAGGUGUAGGGGCGUAAGGGG